AUGGAGACGAUUGUGAAUGGUGCAGCUGCGGCAUCAGCUAUGGGAGCGUUUGGACUGCUGUUGUACUUGAGGAACAAGAUGAAGAAGAUCCAAGGAAACAAGCAGCAGCUUCCUCCUUCCCCACAGUCACUCCCAAUCAUUGGUCAUCUGCACCACUUUGUUUCCUCCGGGAAAGAGCCUCACCAACUAUUCCAGAGCCUUGCAGCCGUCCACGGGCCAAUCUUCUCCCUCCGCCUCGGAUACAUGAAUGUCGUUGUUGUCUCGGACAGAUCUACUGCUAAACAGGUUCUUAAGACUAAUGACUUGGCUCUUGCUUCCAGGCCCAAGCUCAUCUCCGUAAAGCAUGCCUUGUACAACUUCCAAGAUGUCGUCUUCAGUGAUUACACCAAAGAGCUGCGAGAGAUCAGGAAAUUUCUAGCUAUGGAGCUCCUGUCGGCCAAAAAACUGGAUAUGUUCACAAAUGUCAAGGAGGACGAGCUCUCAUGGCUGGUUUUGACUCUAGCCAAUGCGUCAGAGCAACUCAACACUUUCAAGAUGAGGGAUUACCUUGUUGGACUGACAUACAACGUCAUCACAAGAAUGCUUAUGGGCAAACGGUACUACGGAGCCCCGCCGGAUGACAAGGAGUAUGAAGAGGGAGUUGCAUUCAAGAAAGUCGUUGACGAUGCUAUCAAAAUUGGAGUAGCUGGAAGCAUUGCCGACUUCUUCCCGCAGCUCGAGUUCCUUGACUGGAAGGUCUCACAGGCUAAAAAAGUUCAGCGAGAACUGGACAAGUUCCUGCAACGUAUGCUGGAUGAACACCGUGUGCCGAACCGAGGAAACUCUCAGGAGGAUUUCCUUGACAUGAUUCUGGAGGCUUCGUUCAUGAGCGAUGACAGGAUCAAGGCGACUGUGUUUGAUCUCAUCACAGGUGGAACCGACAGCUCAUCCUCGUUCCUUGAGUGGACCUUGGCGGAGCUUAUCAUGCAUCCUCAAGUCCUUGCCAAAGCACAAGAGGAAAUAGAUACCGUGGUUGGUCACGGACGCAAAGUAAAAGAGUCGGACAUUCCCAGGAUGCCUUACUUACAGGCAGUGAUCAAGGAAGGCUUCAGGCUGCACUCACCAGUCCCACUCCUGGUGCCUCAUUACGCUAACCAAGAGUGCAGCAUCAACGGUUACACAAUCCCAUGCAACACAACCGUCUUUGUCAACACAUACGCAAUGGGAAGAGACCCCAAGGUGUGGGAUAAUCCACUCGAGUUUGACCCGGAGAGGUUCCUUUCAGGUCCACAUAAGGAGGUUGAGGUGUUGGGUCAGAACGUCAACUUCGAGCUGCUUCCAUUUGGUUCUGGACGCAGGUCAUGCCCAGGCUCUGCACUUGGCAACUCUAUAGUGCACUUCACUUUGGCUACACUGCUCCACUGCUAUGACUGGAAAGCUGGGGAUAAAAUAGAUUUUGCUGAGUCUAGCGGAGCUGCUAAGAUCAUGAAGUUUCCGUUGUGUGUUCAGCCAACUCCAAGGCUCCAGAUACAGGACAUGUAUGUUACCAACCAGUAUACCAACCCAAUCCAUAUGUGAUUACUUCAACACAGCAUAUUUUAUUUUAAUUUUGAUAUAGCUUUCACAAAAAUCA